CUUGUGUUAAAUGGGUGUGAGGAGUUACCUUACUUGAAUGUUUUCCUCUCGUAAAUAUUUUUGUAUCACGUUGUGUUUUUACACAUCAAAAUGUGUGGUAUUUGUUGCAUUUUUUACAAUAAUAAGGGAUUUUCCAACGAUUCCAAUGAACUCAUAAUUGAACAGGGAAGACUCUCCAAUCGCGGUCCAGACAGCAGCAACACUGUCCAUACAUGUGUGUCCAACAAUGUGUCAGCCUUGUUUUCUGGUCAUGUGCUUCAUUUAAGAGGAAAACAGAUUGUAGAACAACCUACAAGGGAUGAGGCUGGCAAUUUACUGCUUUGGAAUGGAGAAAUCUUUGGAGGAAUACAGGUACCUGAAGAAAUCAGCGACACAACAGUUCUCAUGAACAAACUGGGAGAGUGUAAUUCAGAUGCCCAAAUUCUCAACACUUUAUCAAGGAUUUCAGGACCCUGGUCAGUUAUAUAUUGGCAGGAAUGUAAGCAUACCCUGUGGUUCGGGAGAGACGUGUUUGGGAGGCGGAGUCUGUUAUGGCACCUGCCAACUCAGAACAACAGCAUGUUUGCGUUAUCCUCAGUACAGCUUAAUAAGGAAGAUGUAUACACAGAAGUUCCCUCUAUUGGCAUAUGGAAGAUGACCCCUUCAACAGCAGAUGAUGGUUGCUAUGGUUUCACUCUGUUUCCAUGGCAACAUAUUGUUUGGCCUGGGACACUAGUCAGAGUGAAGGACAAUCCCAACUUCCAAGAGAAAGUUUCACAAGGUCAGAGUGUAGACAGUGACCUGGUCCAUUUCAUCAUUGAGGGUGAGACUGAGGUUAGCUCCCAGAUGCCCUCUCUCAACAAGGCCUUGCCCCCAAGGGACUACUCCCUCCCUGAUUACACAACUGAGGUUACACCAAUACAAUACUUGCAGCAUCUACUAGAAGGGAGUGAACUCCUGCAAACACUGAGUCGACAACUGGCUGAUGUAUUGCUGAAGGCUGUAUCCACCAGGGUUUUUAAUCAACAUCACCGGCCCACUGAAAAAAAAUAUGCUGGAAAAUCAGACAGUGCCAGCUACAUUCCAAAUGUCCCGCAACAGAGUGCUUCAAAUUACCCAGAAUGCAAUAGUGAGCCACAUGGUAGGAACAUGACUUCCUGUGCCAAGGUGGCCAUCUUGUUCUCUGGAGGGAUUGAUUCCACUGUUAUAGCUGCUUUGGUGGACAAAUGUUUACCAUCAGAGGAGUCCAUAGACUUGAUAAAUGUUGCCUUCGAACAGAAGCCUAAACAACCUGCCCAGCCAAAGAAGGGCAAACCUACUCCAGUGUCUGACAGUGAUAGAUGGAGCGUCCCUGACAGACUGACAGGCUACACUGCGCUGUCAGAGCUCAACCCAAGUCGCGCCUGGAACUUCAUCGAGGUCAACGUCACAGAGGAAGAACUCAAAGAGGCCAGGCAGGCCCACAUCCAAGGCCUUGUUUACCCCCUUCAGACGGUACUGGAUGACAGUAUUGGCUGUGCUGUUUGGUUUGCAGCGAGGGGGAAGGGUGUCCAUGGAGUUGGGCCUCACAAGGGGAACCCUGUACACAGUACUGCCAGGGUAAUUCUGUGUGGUAUGGGUGCGGAUGAACAGCUGGUUGGAUACUCGCGCCAUAGGAACAAGUUUAAGGAGGGAGGCUGGGCCGGCCUGAUUGAAGAGAUAGAGCUUGAGGUAACUCGAAUAUCAGCGCGUAACCUCGGCAGAGAUGAUCGGAUAAUCACCGACCACGGGAAGGAGUCUCGGUUCCCGUUCCUGGAUGAGAGAGUUGUAACCUUCCUCUCCAGCUUGCCAAUUCAUCACAAGGCCGACUUGGCGCUACCACGAGGUAUAGGGGAAAAGUUACUCCUACGACUAUGUGCCACAGAGCUGGGCCUUCACCAGACAGCAACCCUCGCUAAGCGAGCAAUUCAAUUUGGUUCCCGGAUUGCUAAGUUGGAAAACAACAGGGAAAAGGCCUCGGAUAUAUGCAAUAGGCUCACUAGUCUUCAUACAUAAAUUGUUUAAUGACAUUAGAAUUUUGAGUUACUCUGCAAUAUUAUCAUGUUUGAAAACUUAUACAAAUGUCAAUUGAAAUUUACUUACACAAGUGUCUGCAUAAGAAAUAAACCAACUGUAUUUUAAUGUAAAAGACGUUUCUUUGGCGAUUUAUCUGACAUUGUGCCCGUAAACACUUAAUACAAAGCACAAGACAAAAACCUUUUUUUAAACGUGAAAGGGGAAAACCUCUGGAGUAACACAGAUGAUUUAGCCAACCAUCGAAUUUAAUG